AUGGAGCGGGACGACAAGAAAGCAAAGGAUGCCAUCCCAGAAUGGGACGGCAACCCAGGACGUUGGCGACACUUCGAGACGGCAGUGAAGUGGUUCCCUCGCACGCUGAAGCGGCAGGAUAGGGACCUUGCGGCGAACAGGAUCAUCGGGCGCAUGCUGCAGAGCAAAACGAUAGCUAUAAGGACGUUUGCGACCACCCUGGAUCCAGACAGAUAUGAGAAUCCGAACGGCCACCUCCUCCUUCUGGACGACCUGAGGAACAGUCCACUGGGAAAGCUUCCUGUCCCGGACGCGGCCCACAAGAUCAAGCACUACUACAAGGACUUCAAGCGGCGCAAAGGCGAGACAGUGGGCGCGCUCCUGAUCCGGGAGCAGGAUUGCUACUCGGAGAUGGUCCAAGCACUGGAGCGCCUACUCGAGGAGAUGGGCGACAACGACAAGUACAAGCAGUGCCAGGAGUGCUUCGGCUACUUCGAGAGAGACCGAGGCGCAGCUGGACGUGGACAAUGGUACUGCCAGAGGUGUUGGGACACCUGGGAAGCCAACCCCGACGCACCGACGACCUUGGCAGCAGAUGACGCCCCUGCCGAGGAAGCAGAAGAAGCAGAUGAGUAUGAACGACACUCUACUACGUCUCGCUCGCAGGGCUCUCGAACGGAUCGUUUUCACCGACAAGAAUCCAUGGCGAGCAAGCUCAAGGUUUCGGAAGCGAUGGCAGUGGGCUCUACGUUCUUCGGCCACGCUUCCGGAGUCCUGAAGGUCCUCCGCGGCUUCUUCCUGCUCGAGGCGAUGGAUUUCACCGAGAAGGAGAAGCAGGACGUCCGCGUGGUCACGCAGAACCGCUUGGAUUUCGAUGCAGUCUCCAAGGCUUUGAAGGAGCGAUGGGAGGACAAGGCGCUGGUGCAGCGGGACUUCGGACCGAGGGCUAUGCCUCGGUACGGCCCGGAGUCGGGCCAGCAGUCGGCCCUCAUUGCGGAGUUUGAUGACGUACACGGACCUGACUGGUACGAUGGCUACGCAGCGGCAGUCCAGGCGUGGGAGAACGAAGGGUACGACCACCACGAGGACGAGGACGACUACGAUGUCGAGGAGGAGCCGCAGCUAGCCUCAGAGCCAGAAGGGUCCGAGGCCAUGGAUGAGGAUCUCAACCACCUCAAUGAGGAGCUCGAGGCGGCCCAGGCGAUGGCGGCAGAGGCGUCACGCACUCUAGUUCAAGCCAGACAAGCAGUGGCCGCCGCUCACAAAGAUCGAGGCCCGAAGGGCAGCAAGGGCGGCAAGAGCGGCAAGGGCAGCAAGUACCGCGACAGGGACCACGACCAGAAGGGCAAGAAUGCGAACUACCUGGAGUUUCACACGAUCACGCACGGGUUCGACGAGCUCCAGGGUCUGUACCAGGCAGAGCAGAACGACAGCGGCCUCGCCCCUUCUGAGGCCAUGGUUGAUUGCGGGGCUUCCGCGUCCGCCGGAGGCGAGCGCGCAGUCCAGGCCCUGGUUGCCGCCGUUGCGGCUGCGAACCCCCAGGCCAGGAUCGAGAUCAACAAAAAUGAAAGACCGUGGUUUCGUUUUGGAGACAAUAAGUGGGGCAAGGCACUGUAUAAGGUUUCGGUCGAGUUCGAGCCGGGCUUCGUUCUGGGCAUCUUCGCUCUCAGUCCUGGCGUGCCUCUCGUUUUGUUGGGAAUGACUGCUCUGGAGUCGUGGCCGGCAAUCGUGAAUUUCCGAACCGGGGAGGCUGUGAUCAGGGGCCAACUGGUGCAGCUUCGCAAGACUCCAGUCAAGGGCCAUUGCAUCCUCCAUCUGGUGAAGCACGUUUCCGAGGUUUUUCAACCCGACAGAGGAAAACACCGAGGGUCUUGCAAGGGCGUUUCAGAGAUGGUCGAUGACAAAGACAACAUCACCACCAUUAGCAUCAUCUCAGACAAGAGCGACACCAUCAGCAUCAUCUCGGACAAGAACGACUUUAUCAGCAUCAUCUCAAACAAGAACGACAUUAUCAGCAUCAUCUCAGAUGAGAACGACACCAUCAUCAGUAUAUACGGCUAUUACGACAACACCGCCAGUGAUAACAGCAACAUCACCUCCAUCAACCAUAACAGGAAGAGCAGCUCCAUCAUGCGCGUUUCCAUGGAGGGCAAGGACGAAUGGGUACCUGUCGACAUAGAUGCCGACAAGAAGGAGGAGGGCACGGAGGUAAAGUCACCUUCGGCGGCAGCGAGCUCCGGACCUACGACCCAGGUCAAGCGGGAGUUCGUCUUCAACGGUCAGAAGAUGGAGUACGUCACCUCGGAGGGCAAGGUCAAGGAGAAAGAUCCGGGCAACACGCACCAGGGUCGCAAGAGGGAGAAGCAGAUGGAGCUGGACCCGGCGUUCGCACUGCAGGUGGACCCCCGCGACCCGAGGACCACACGGGGACCGUGCGGCAAGACGCAUCGCAAGUACUUCACGGUCAACAACCAGUGGGGCCAGACCAGGACAUGCUAUCGGUGCGGGCUGAGGUUGCUCUACGUCCCGACGGCGAAGGCGCCGAUGACGAACCUCAGCAUGCAGCAUCCGAAGUUGGUGGAGUCCGGCCUGGAGUUGGUGCGGUACUGCAACCUGUGGGAGACGGCCAAUCACGAGCAGGUGACCGCGAUGAUGAACAUCGCCACCUCUCUCCGGAGGCUUCCCGGGACCGAGAUCCGCCACGCGCCGGACGCGCUGCUGGAGAUGUUGGGGGCAGCGAACCCCAGGUCAUUACUCGCAGGACUGGCCUUGGCCAUGACCGUGGGUACGAUCACCGAGGCGGUGGAGAUCUGCUGCCAUCCCAACAGCAUGCUGACCGACGAGUGCACCAACAUCGGCCUCAGCAUGGAGAGGAUCAGCAUCGAGAACGGUUACAACCUCAGCACGAAGGCGGGCUUCGAGGCCGCUAGCAAGAAGCUGGACGAGGUGAUGCCGAAGCGGGCUUGGAUAUCGCUACCAUGCACGCUAUGGACUUCGCUUACGAACUUCAACUACAAGACCCCAGAGGCACGCUGGAAGAUUCCCGAGCUAAAUUUUCUUCGUAUGGAGUUGAGGCGUCGGGGACGACACGUUUUCGAAGAUCGGAUCGACGGGUGCAUGUACGGCCUCAGGGACUACAACACUAACGAGCUCGUCGAGAAGGGCUGGAGGAUCAUGACCACCGACCCGGAGUUCUCCAAGGUCGCGACCGUGUGUGACCACUCACACGGCCACCGAGUCAUCAGCGGGAAGCUGCACACUGCAGCCACAGCCUACUACCCGCAGGCGAUGUGCAAGGCAAUCGCCCGGCUGUGGCAUGCUCAACUCCGGACCCCGAUCGACCUCAACAUGGCCCUGGAGAACCCUGCUGUCCUAGACCUCGAGAAUGCCUACCUGAUGGAGCGGGACACCGGGAGCAUCUACGUCGCUGAGCCCACGGAUCUCGAAAGGGAACAGGUGCGUGCGAUGUUGAGCAGGAUCCACAAGGCUGCAGGGCACCCAGGGAACGAGCACUUGGCUUACUGGUGCAAGAAGCGGCAGUGUCCACGCUGGAUCAUCGAAGAAGCGAUCAACCUUCGCUGCGAGGCAUGCGACCUGGUCAAGCACGGCCUUACCCACAAGGUCAAGGCGAGCCUCGAUAUCCCCAUGGCACCUUGGCAGGCAGCCGUCAUGGACGUUUCCGACCUGACGUUCCCGGAUUUGAAUGUGAAGGCCAGGUUUCUCCUCAUCGCAGAGGUCACCACCGGCCUGAUGUGCGGGGACAUCACUGCGAAGAUCGGCCUCAAGGACAAGGGCACAGAUUCGUCAGCUACGCUGUUCACGACGUUUGCCAGAGCCUACCUUCAACACUAUCCCAAGCCAAGGUGGGUUUUCGUCGAUCCCCAGACCUCUUUUGUGGGCGGCGAGUUUAAAGACAACUGCCAGUUGGCCGGCAUCGGCGUCUCAGCGAAACCAGGAGGAGCACAUUGGAUGGCUGGCGACAUCGAGCGCCGCAUCUCGACCGUCAAGCAGGUAAUGAGGAAGCUUCGCCUACAAUACCCCAAGCUGAGUCCCGAGACCGUGUUUUACAUCUCGAUUGCGGCGGCCAACAACAUGGACAACAUCAAGGGCUACACGCCGAUGCAGUGGGCUUUCGGGUUUUCUCCGACCGAGGACCCUAUCUUGGCGCACAACGCAGCUACUGGCAAGUUGAAGUCCGACUUCUUCGAGAUCGAGCGGGUGCGAGCGGAUGCAGAGGCAACCUACCUGAAGGAGAAGGCGUCCAGGAAGAUCUCAGAGCUUAAGAACUCAGCCCCACGACCUCGACAUGAAUAUAAACGAGGCGACUGGGUCUGUGUCUGGCGGUCGUACGCUGCGACAGGAAAGCGAAAGCUUUCCGGACAGGACUUCUUCACGGACGGCUUGUUCAUCGGACCGGGCCGGGUCUUGUUCUCCGAGCCGGCGGUCCAGACCGGCAACAAGGACGGCGCGAUCUGGGUCAUCAUGGGCAACCGAUGCUGGCGCUGCGCAGCUGAGCAACUGCGGCCAGCCACGCAGUCGGAGAUCGUCCAGAUCAACCUGAAGAAGGACGACAUCCUCAACAGUCCGCUCGAGGACGUCUGGAGGCACCUCCAGGACUUUGACGACAUAGCCGGGGAGCCCUACCCAACGGCAGAUGGCAUGAGGAUGCUACCACGUCAACCUCUUGAAGGCAUGCCGAGGGUGAUCGAGAAUCCCGAUGUGGCCGUGGAACCCCACGACGUCACGGAGGCAGAUGACGACCAGGAGGUAGACGAGGCGGCGAGCGACCAUGUGGAAGCCAGCGAGAUCGACAUUAUCAACUUCGUGCAGGAUCCGAAUAACGAGGCCGAGAUGGAUCUGAUGAAGAUCGAGAUCGAGGCGGACCUUGAGGAGUUCUGCUUCGAUGCGAGCGCGUACCUGGAGAAGCAGCUGAACCGCGUGGCCAACAACACGGUCAAGAAGGGCGUGGAGGUUUCGUUUGGCCGCCUGAGCCCCGAGGAGAAGCCACUGUUCCAAGAGGCAAUGGCACGGGAGCUGGCGGAACAUCUGGAAGUACCGACAGUCCGGGCUGCAUCUGCUUACGCUGACUACAAUCAUGGAAAAGAUAUUCCAGCGGACAAGCUGAUCAAGAUGAGGUGGCUACUGACCUGGAAGCCUCUGACGCCACCUGAACCACCGGACAAGUCGGACCCACACCCCGUGAGCACGCCGGACGGGAAGUUCAAGGCGAAGGCCCGUAUCAUUCUGUUGGGCUUCUCACAUCCGGACCUUGUCAGUCGCGACAAGUUCGGAGAUCGGGUGCUUCCUACGGCGUCACCAACCAUUUCAAGAAAAGGGAAGCUGGCACUCCUCCAGAUGGCUGCUUUUCACGGCUGGACCUUCGAGCUAGCCGACGCGAAGUCCGCCUUUCUGCAGGCCGGGCACACUGAGGAGUGGAGGAAGCUCUACACGAAGGGCGUGAAGGAGCUUCGGCAGGCCUUGCAGAUCAACGAGGAGGAGUCCAUGCGAGUCCUGGCAGCGAUCUACGGGAUCACGAAUGCGCCGUGGGUUUUCUGGAAGUAUGUGGACCACAAGAUCCACGAAGCAGGAGGCAAGAGCGUCCUCAUCGAGCCGUGCAUCUGGAUCAUUCAGGAUCAGGACGGCACCGUGUGCGGGGUCAUCGGCUCGCACGUGGACGACUUUGGCAUCGCAGGCGACAGUGACAACAAGUUCUACCUCGACAUGAAGAACAUGCUGAAGGAGAUGCUGCGGUGGUCUCCAUGGCGAAGCACGCUGUGCAUGUGGGCAGGCAUGUGGAUCACCCAGGAGCCGUCGGGCAAGAUCCAUGCCAGCCAGGAGGAGUUCUGUCACCAGCUCCUCGAGAUCAGGGUUGAGUCCGGCAAGUAUCUCUCGAAGGAUGACAAGCUCAAACCGGAGGACGUCACCCAGUUCAGGGCGGGCCUGAUGAAAUGCCAGUGGAGAGCGACACAGACAGCACCACAGUUCUCGUGUCGGGUGUCACUGUUGGCUCAGCGGGUGAACGAGGCGACGUUCGGGGACCUGAAGGACACGAACGCCCUCAUACGCGAUGUGAAGCGGACCGCUCGUGACUCAUUGGUGUUCCACAACUUCAAUAGCAACUGCGGCGGCAAGCUGAAGUGGGACGACCUAGUGAUUGUGACGUGGGUCGACGCAAGCAGGCUACUCCAACGAGGAGGCUACAUCGUGGCUUUCACCACGGCCGAGAUUCUCAAGCAGAAGGAAUGUGCAGUAUCUAUCGCCGACUGGAGAUCGUACAAGCUCAAGCGCACCGGCAUCGGCACCAAUGGCUGCGAGGGCCAGGCCCUGUACGACGGAGAGAACGCCGCGUACUUGAUGCGCAUGCUGUGGUCAGUCAUGCACGGAGUUCCAGUUACCGCGCACACCCAGGAGGAAGUGGCGCAAUCCAUGACUUCUGUGCUGGUGAUCGACAGUCGGGGAGUUUAUGACUCAGUUCACAACAAGGAGAGCUUCGGCAUAGGCCUGAGCGACGCGAGGACCGGCGUGGAGGUUUUGCAUGUGAAGGCGAACUGCGGGCCCGAGAAGAACCAGCACCUGGUCUGGGUACCCUCGGACCUCAACCUCACCGACGGCCUCACGAAAGACAGUCCUGAGGCCAGGAAGCCUCUGGCUCUGUGGCUUGCGCGGCGCACCUGGAUCAUCAGGUACGACGAGGAUUUCAUGUCAGCCAGGAAACGACAGCGAGCUAACAAACUCGCUCAGGACAAGCCGCAGCCGCCUACGGACGCUGAAGCCGAGGCCGCCGACGCUUUAGCUUUUCUCGACCUAUCUUGAGGGUAGUGUCGGGCUCAUUCUCAUCAUCCUUUUCCAUAUUUGUACUGUGCAGGGCCCC